AUGAAACUUUAUUUUGCUGACGCCGAUGAUACCCAUCGGGCGUUUGUGGUUGGAUCCACUGGGACUACCAACUCUAUCACCCGACAAGAUCGCAAAACGUUUCUCAGAUAUAGAAUCCCCGAUGUCGCCAAUCAAUUGGCAAACUAUCCAAAAGGAAUCCGGUACUCGGCCAAUGUGCUCUAUGGGCUUCUGAAAAUUCAUACUCUACAAGUUACGCAGCUACUUGAUGAUACCGUACACCAGAUGAGACAUCUCAAGUUCAAUACUCAUGGAAAAGGCCACCCCGCUUUAGCGUUAAUUGACGUCAAACUGGGUAAACCUAGUCAGCCCUACCGAGAAGUUAGCAAAGGCCAAUUCUUUGACAACAAUUCGAUAUGUCUACCAAGGUUGAGAUUCAUUUCGUUGCAUGAGCUGCCAUUUCUCGAGGACUCUCAAUUGGUUACGAAUAGUGAGACAUCUCAAGUUACUUUGACCGAAACUGCCUACGAUGAGACUCACAAUGAGAUCACGGAAAACUCGGUGCAGCUUGACUUCGAUUUUGAUGCUCCUGACCCUAUCGAGUUCGAUAUUAUUGACCCCGCCCCUCCCCUUGAAGAAGCUCAGGUAUCGAAAAACGUGGGCGACAUUACUACUGACCCGCAUUUCCAAGCGUCAACUCAAUUAACAUUGAGACACUCCCGCAGUCGGUUAUUUGAUGAACGUAGCGUAAAACGCCAGCGAGUGAUGGUUGAUGCCGAAACACAAUUAGACUUAUCAUUGUUUUGGUCUACUCAAGUUCAACGUGGGUUGCUGAAGACGGUAUCGGCUAGGUUGCAAGAGCUCGCCCAUGUUUGGACUCACUCCACAUUUAAUCCUGCUCGUAUGGCUAAAUGUGUUAAUCACGCAGCCACCACAGCAGCGUCAGACACGGUGGCUCACUUUGCCCGGGUGGAGGAAACGGAAACGGGGAUGGGUGACGAUGAUGACACCCCUGGCUACGAUGGUGUCGAUAUCAAUGAUGAUAUCGCCGGUGGGUGGGACUACGAUGAUGGCUACGACGACGACAAUGCCGCUGGCGGCAUCGGCGGCACUGCGCCUGAGGUUACUGCGUCACUGAGCAUGGAUGCGAUGGUACCAGGGGUAAACAAACCUUUCCGCGAGUAUAUGCACGCUGAGCUUGUGCAUGGCGAGCGAAGUUUUCUGGAUAUUUUUCCCCCAGGUGAAAUUACUAAACAGAUAGCGGCGGUGUCGUUUUUCGCGGGCUUGGCGCUUGCGUCGAACGGCACCAUUACGAUGAGACAGCCGCAGGGAAUACGCGAUCCGUUUGGUACGAUUACGUUGGGGUUACCGUAA